AUGUUCGAAAAAGUCGUAUCUCUGGGCUCCCGCCUGCACUACCCCAUCACCAUCACAAAGCUCCUCAAGUCCCCCGGCGACUCCAUCAAGAAGCAGGAAAACAUCAUUGAGUAUAAAUUCACCUGGCGACGCAAGGUCGGCGACGACUCGUGGACCGACGAGACCACCUACACGGAGUUUGACAGCCCCGCCGAGGGCAAGCUCAAGGAAUGGCGCAUCGGCGAGGGCAUGGUCAUCAGCGCGGACACCCCCUGCAUGGCCGUCGAGGAGGCCUGCGGCCACGAGGUCCAGAUUCAGGGCCUUUGCAGCCUGUGCGGCGCCGACAUGACCGAGGUCAACUGGGCCAGCGAGGAAAAGGACACUGACCGCGCCAUGAUCAACAUGACGCACGACCAGACGGGUCUCAUGGUCAGCGAGAGCGUCGCCAUGAAGGCCGAGCACGACACUCAGAAGCGCCUGCUGCGCCAGCGCAAGCUCAGCCUCGUCGUCGACCUCGAUCAGACCAUCAUCCACGCCUGCAUCGAGCCCACCGUCGGCGAGUGGCAGCGAGACCCGUCCAAUCCCAACCACGACGCCGUCAAGGACGUCAAGAGCUUCCAGCUCAACGACGACGGGCCCCGCGGCCUUGCCAGCGGCUGUACAUACUACAUCAAGCUUCGCCCGGGCCUCCGCGACUUUCUUGACGAGGUGGCUAAGAUGUACGAGCUGCAUGUCUACACCAUGGGCACCCGCGCCUACGCCCUCAACAUUGCGCGCAUCGUCGACCCGGACCGCAAGCUCUUUGGCAACCGCGUCAUCAGCCGCGACGAAAACGGCAGCAUCACCUCAAAGAGCCUGCAGCGCCUCUUCCCCGUCAGCACAAACAUGGUCGUCAUCAUCGACGACCGCUCCGACGUCUGGCCCCGGAACCGGCCCAACCUCAUCAAGGUGGUACCCUACGACUUUUUCAAGGGUAUCGGCGACAUCAACUCGAGCUUCCUGCCUAAGCGCACCGACCUGUUGCCCGCGCCCCCGCAGUCCAACGGCUCCCCCGCGACCCCCGAAGCACCGGCGCCGGAAAAGCAAGACAAGGAGGCGCCCAAGGCAUCGCCACUCGAUGAGAUUGCCAGGAUGGGCAGCGCCGACAACGGCGUCAGCCUUAAGGUCCAGGCCGAGGAGCAGGAGAAGACGCUGGAGAAGCAGUUGACGGAUCGGCCGUUGCUGCACAUGCAAGAGGAGCUCGACCGCGCCGACGAGCUUUCGGCCCAGGGCUCGGAAACGGGCGAUUCGGCGAUGCCCAGCCACACACGGCAACACCUGCUCAGCGACGAGGACGAGGAGCUCAGCGCUCUGCAGGAUCACCUGACGGACCUCCACGCGUCCUUUUACGAGACCACCAAGAGCCGCCGGAGGUCGACAGUCGACGACGGCGUCGACCUGUCCAUGGUGCCGGACGUGGGCGACAUCUUGGACGAGCUCAAGUCGAAUGUCCUGUCGGGCCUCGUCAUUGUGCUAUCCGGGCUCGUACCGCUGGGCGCAAAGGUGGAGGAGUCUGAGAUUGGGAUGCAUGCGCAGAGCUUUGGCGCCCAGGUGCUGGACAGCGUGUCGAGGCGCGUCACCCACCUGGUGGUGUCUACGACGCGGCCUCGCACCAAAAAGGUGCAGCAGGCGGCCAAGAUUGCCAGCGUCAAGAUUGUCAACCAGAACUGGCUCACCGACUGCCUCAGCCAGUGGCGGCGGCUGGACGAGCGGCCAUACUACCUAGACAUUCUCGAUGCGGACCGCGAGCGAUCAGACGACACAGCAGAGGUGGCGUCGGGAACCGAAAACAGCGGCGACACGGACGCCCGAGACCUCAAGGACUUUGACUGGGCCACGGCGGACAAGGACCUGGAAGACUUUCUGGGCGACGACGAAGACGAAGACGACGACAACGAUGAUGAGUCUGGGGCCCGCGAGGACGGCAAGAGUGCCGGCGGCGAGAGCGCAGCCGAGGCAGAAGACGGGAGGAAGAGCGCCAAGCGCAAGAAGCGCACAGAAGACGAGUCGGACGGGGACGGGCCGUCGGGCGAGGCGGACGAGAGCGUCAUGGCCAAGAAGCAGCGCCUGUCGCGCAACCGGGGCACCUCGGCUUUGAGGUCGGUCUUGACCCCCAACGGCGGCGGUGGCAGGGCGGGGGAAGGGGAUGAGCAGCCGCUGGGCAGGGGGGCGAAUCCAGCGCCGACGGUCAGCUUCGACACCAAUGCCGACUUUGACGACGACGCGCUGGAACGGGAGCUGCUGGCAGAGCUGGAGGCGGCCGAGGCGUGA